CUUUACUGUGUCGUGUGAAGAUAAGGAUUACCUGCUCUGAAAACUGAUAAAGAUCUGUCAAUCCAAGUGUUGGAUGUGAAUGAUGUAGAACCACACUUUACGAAAGACACAUUCAAGUUCCUUACCUAUGAGAAUGACAAAGCUAAUUUCCCUAUUGGCUUUAUCAAUGCUACAGACCCAGAUAUUGGUAAGGGAGGUGAAUUGUCUUAUUCUCUGAGAAAUAAACAGCAAUAUCGUCUGCCAUUCCAGAUUAUCAACUCUGGCUUUAUUUCAACAAACCAGUCUUUAGACAGAGAACACAGAGAUUUCUAUGAGUUUGAGGUUUUUGUGAAAGACAAUGGAAGCCCAUCUCUGAAUAACACAGUGAAUGUUGAAGUGGAAGUAUUGGAUAGAAAUGAUAAUGCUCCAUAUUUUACAUUUCCUAGUGUUGACCCUUUCACUCUUAAUGUCCACUAUCAUCCGCAAAGUAAGAACGACAUCACAGUUCUGAAAGCAUCUGAUAUAGACAGUCACAUGAAUGCUUUUCUCAGGUAUGAAAUCGUUUCAGGUAACGAGAGACAGUUAUUUAAACUGGAUUCGUUCACUGGUGUGUUAUCUUACUCUCGCACAGUUUACCAAAAUGAUGCCGGAUCAUAUGAGCUUGAGUUUGUUGUGAAAGACAGUGGUACUCCAGUUCUGUCAGCAACAACUAGUGUGUCUUUGACACUGACUGUUAGUAACAAGACGUCACCAAUGUUCACAGCUGUGCACCUACCAAGUGAUAACACAAUAGAUGCGACAUUGUUGAUUAUCAUUGUAGUAGCAGCUGUGAUAGUAUCUAUAGCUAUUGUGGUUUCUAUAACCCUGUGUAUUGUGAGAUGUAACAAUGUGAGAAAUAGCUCAUCUGAAAGAACAGCAGAAGAGAAACAGGCAUACCAAUGUCGCAAUGAGAUGAGACAGUUGAUCUAUCAAGGUAACAACAGUGUACCUGUGAUGUCAGGUAAUCGAGGAGAGAUGACAGACAGAUAUGGUCAUUCGAGGAGCCAUUACUAUCCUGAAGACUGGAAGACAUCGACAAUGAGUCGGACACUUCAGAAGUCUACAAAGCAGAAAUACAGUCAACCGAUUGAGGUGACAUCUUAUGGAGACAACAGACCAUCCUCUAACUAUCCCACUGACACACUGACCAGUCGUAAGAGUAGUGGACAGUGCUGGAGUGAGCGGUCAAGUAGACAGUAUGAAGAAAUACCAGCAAUGUCAGGAAUCUAUGGUGGUGCCCCACCCGAUGUAUCAAGCACCAGUGAGAGAGACCAUUACCAAGACAGAUAUGUGAAACCUCCAGAGAGACAGUUACCUUCAACACCAGAUGUUGUUGUCAGUUACCGAACAUUUGAAGCUGUCUUUCCCUUGGAUACUGUAUUAACAACAAAACCAGAGAUGUUGCGAUUUCUGUGUGUUUUACUGACUUUCUUCCACUGUUAUUUAAGUGAAGAUAUCACUUACCAUGUUGAAGAAGAGAAGAAUUCCUACACUUAUGUAGGGGACAUUGCUACUGACUUACAGAAGGCAGACAGCUCCUAUUUAAAGAACAAGGAUUUAAUUACAUUUAGUCAACUGCAACAAAAGGGAGAACAGUUGUUCAAUGUGACGAGAACAGGUAAACUGUACACUGUUGAGACAUUGGAUGCUGAGUCUGUGUGUAGUUAUGAGAAAGAAUGUUUUGAAAUCGUUAAAGUUGCUGUUCACAAAUCCAAGACAUUUAUGAAGAUCUUAAAGAUUAAAGUCAUAAUAGAAGACAUCAAUGACCACCAACCUGAGUUUCCAACUGAAGAAGUCAACAUUCAGUUUUCAGAGAGAGAUAGUAAAGGUUCAAAACUAUCAAUACCCAAUGCUGUGGAUAAUGAUAUGGGUUAUAAGAACAGCUUAAUUAAUUAUGAAUUGAAAGAGGAUAAUGAACAUUUCUCUUUAUUAGUUGCCAAACAAGCUGAUGGUAUAUCAUCAUUAGAAAUUAUUUUAGAAGAGAAUUUAGACAGAGAAACAAAAGACAACUACAAUAUUGAAGUCAUUGCUAAAGAUGGAGGAACUCCACCAAAACAAUCUGUUUUAAAUGUGAAAAUAUCUGUAGAAGAUGAAAAUGAUAACAGGCCGCAAUUUUCUCAAAGUAUCUACAAUGUUUCUAUUGAACAUAAACAUAAAAAGAACAUUCCAGUAGUCACAUUAUCUGCCAGUGAUUUGGAUAUUGGCAAGAACGGUAAAAUAUCUUAUUAUUUCAGUAGAAAGACUGCAGAAAAAAUGAAGAGAUACUUUCAUUUAGAUAAAAGUACUGGAAAAAUUUUCUUAGUACAAUCUUUAGAGGUUGACACAAAAAAUUCUUUAAAAUUAUACAUUGAAGCCAGAGAUGGUGGCAACCCUCCUCUCAGUACCAUAGCAACUGUUAUGGUAAAUGUUAUCAACCAACACAACAAUCACCCAAAUAUUGAUGUGAACUUUAUUUCUACACAGAAUCACAACACAGCUACCAUUCUGGAAGACAUCAAAGUUGGUAGUUUCAUUGCUUAUGUGAUGGUCACUGACAACGAUGUUGGACACAAUGGACAGGUGAACUGUCAUAUCAAAGAUGACACAUUCAAACUACAGUCAAUGGGAUCAAAGGAAUAUAAAAUAGUUCUAAAGAAAGCAGUAGACAGAGAGACACAGGAACAUUAUCACUUUACUGUGUCGUGUGAAGAUAAAGGAUUACCUGCUCUGAAAACUGAUAAAGAUCUGUCAAUCCAAGUGUUGGAUGUGAAUGAUGUAGAACCACACUUCACGAAAGACACAUUCAAGUUCCUUACCUAUGAGAAUGACAAAGCUAAUUUCCCUAUUGGCUUUAUCAAUGCUACAGACCCAGAUAUUGGUAAGGGAGGUGAAUUGUCCUAUUCUCUGAGAAAUAAACAGAAAUAUCGUCUGCCAUUCCAGAUUAUCAACUCUGGCUUUAUUUCAACAAACCAGUCUUUAGACAGAGAACACAGAGAUUUCUAUGAGUUUGAGGUUUUUGUGAAAGACAAUGGAAGCCCAUCUCUGAAUAACACAGUGAAUGUUGAAGUGGAAGUAUUGGAUAGAAAUGAUAAUGCUCCAUAUUUUACAUUUCCUAGUGUUGACCCUUUCACUCUUAAUGUCCACUAUCAUCCGCAAAGUAAGAACGACAUCACAGUUCUGAAAGCAUCUGAUAUAGACAGUCACAUGAAUGCUUUUCUCAGGUAUGAAAUCGUUUCAGGUAACGAGAGACAGUUAUUUAAACUGGAUUCGUUCACUGGUGUGUUAUCUUACUCUCGCACAGUUUACCAAAAUGAUGCCGGAUCAUAUGAGCUUGAGUUUGUUGUAAAAGACAGUGGUACUCCAGUUCUGUCAGCAACAACUAGUGUGUCUUUGACACUGACUGUUAGUAACAAGACGUCACCAAUGUUCACAGCUGUGCACCUACCAAGUGAUAACACAAUAGAUGCAACAUUGUUGAUUAUCAUUGUAGUAGCAGCUGUGAUAGUAUCUAUAGCUAUUGUGGUUUCUAUAACCCUGUGUAUUGUGAGAUGUAACAAUGUGAGAAAUAGCUCAUCUGAAAGAACAGCAGAAGAGAAACAGGCAUACCAAUGUCGCAAUGAGAUGAGACAGUUGAUCUAUCAAGGUAACAACAGUGUACCUGUGAUGUCAGGUAAUCGAGGAGAGAUGUCAGAGAGAUAUGGUCAUUCAAGGAGCCAUUACUAUACUGAAGACUGGAAGACGUCAACAAUGAGUCGGACACUUCAGAAGUCUAUCAGGCAGAAAUACAGUCAACCGAUUGAGGUGACAUCUUAUGGAGACAACAGACCAUCCUCUAACUAUCCCACUGACACACUGACCAGUCGUAAGAGCAGUGGACAGUGCUGGAGUGAGCGGUCAAGUAGACAGUAUGAAGAAAUACCAGCAAUGUCAGCUAUCUAUGGUAUGCAACAGGACCCCACAGCCAACACUGAGAAACUGCCCCAGGACAGAUAUGUGAAACCUCCAGAAAGACAACUCCCUGCUACACCUGAUGUUAUAAACAACUGAUCAGUUACAAUUAUUACUUACAAACUCCUAACCUUUCACAUUAUAUAAAUUUGUAGUGGAUCUUUAAGUCUUCAAAAUAUAUUAAGAAUGAGUAAUG